CCGGGGAGAAUAGACCCUCAUCACCCAAAGGUCUGCGGCCACCAGGGCAGCGUGAUGGACAUCAGAUGGAGUCCGUUCAUGGACAACAUCAUCGCGUCCAGCUCCGAGGACUGUACGGUGAGAAUCUGGCAGAUUCCUGACGGCGGUCUGAGGAGGAACAUGACCGAAGCUCUGAUGAUCCUGAUUGGUCACAGCCGGAGGGCGGGGCUUAUCGAGUGGCAUCCCACCUGCAGCGGCAUCCUGCUCAGCGCCGGAUACGACUGCAAGAUUCUGAUCUGGAACCUGGAGGAGGGCGUGGCUGUGAAGAUGAUUGACAGCCAUCCAGACGUCAUCCUCUGUAUGUCGUUCAACACCGAUGGAAGUUUACUGGCCACCAGCUGUAAGGAUAAAAAACUGCGCAUUAUUGAUCCACGUUCAGGGAAAGUUCUUCAG